UCCCCACUCGCCACUCUCCUCGUCAGUCUGUCACCGUCUUAUUACAUGGUUGGUCUGUUGGUUCGCUAAGCAUUUGUAUCUGCUGACUCCGUUUCACUUUCAUGGCGUUUCAUGGUGCUUUGCAUUCGCUGCGAUCUCUCAGCAGGGCGCCCAGGUACCCUUUGUCUUACCUUGUUCGUUCACCAAUUCCAUCCUCUCUCUUUUCAACCCUUUACGCUCAAUCAAAUUCAUUGCACGAUGAACAUCGGAUCAAGAACCAAUCUACUCUUGACGAAAGUUUUGUUCUUGAUCAACUCUCUAAUCUGCUGCCAAUUUGCCGUAGUAAUAGUUCAACUGCAACCCUAUUUGAACCCAGUAAUUCGGAUAAGCAGAUAGAAAUUAGGGCCGUUGAUGGAUUUUUAUUGCCCGACGAGAAAUUACGUGGGGUUUUUCUUCAGAAAUUGAGGGGUACGGCUGCAAUUGAGCAUGCUUUAGACAAUGGUGGUGUGGAUUUGAGUGUUGAUGUUGUUGCACAAGUAGUGAAUAGAGGGGGUUUAGGUGCAGAAGCAAUGCUUGUAUUUUUUAAUUGGGCGAUUAGGAAGCCCACCAUAGCUAAAAAUAUCGAAACUUUCCAUAUAAUCCUCAAAGCAUUAGGCAGAAGAAAGUUCUUUACACAUAUGAUGCAAAUUUUGCAUCACAUGAGGGCCCAAGGUAUAAGACCCAAUUUAGAGACCAUAUCGAUUGUAAUGGAUAGUUUCGUGAGGGCUCAACAUGUGUCUAAGGCAAUCCAAAUGUUCCGAAACUUGGAAGAAAUUGGUUUGGAGUGUGAUACUGAAUCUUUGAAUUUGCUUUUGCAAUGUCUUUGUCAGAGAUCCCAUGUUGGUGCUGCAAAUUCGUUUCUGAAUUCAGUCAAGGGGAAGAUACAAUUCAAUGGUAAUACAUAUAAUAUUAUUAUUGGAGGGUGGUCAAGACAUGGCAGAGUUAGUGAAAUCGAGAGGAUUUUGGAAGCAAUGGUAGCAGAUGGAUUUAGUGCUGAUAGUUCAACUUUCAGUUUCAUUCUUGAGGGUUUAGGGAGAGCUGGUCAUAUUGAUGAUGCUGUUGAGAUUUUUGAUAGCAUGAAGGGGAAAGGUUGCAUGCCAGACACCAGAGUUUAUAAUGCUAUGAUUUCUAACUUUAUCUCUGUUAGAAAUUUUGACGAAUGUGUGAGAUACUAUAAGGGUAUGUCGAGUAAUAGCUGCAAUCCAAAUAUUGAUACUUAUACCAAAUUGAUUGCUGCUUUCCUUAAAGCCCGAAAAGUAGCUGAUGCACUCGAAAUGUUUGAUGAGAUGUUAGGUCGAGGACUUGUUCCCACUACAGGGACAAUAACCUCCUUUAUUGAACCCUUGUGUAGCUAUGGUCCACCCUAUGCUGCUAUGAUGAUCUACAAGAAAGCAAGAAAGGUUGGAUGCAGAAUAUCACUGAGUGCUUAUAAGCUAUUGCUUAUGCGACUUUCUAGGUUUGGUAAAUGUGGAAUGUUGCUAAACAUUUGGGAAGAUAUGCAGGAAUGUGGAUAUGCUUCAGAUAAGGAAGUUUAUGAUUAUGUAAUUAACGGACUUUGCAACAUAGGGCACCUUGAAAAUGCUGUACUUGUCAUGGAAGAGUCUUUGCAGAAAGGCUUUUGCCCAAGUAGGCUCGUUUAUAGCAAACUAAACAACAAACUACUUGCUUCAAAUAAAGUAGAGAGGGCUUAUAAGCUAUUUUUAAAGAUUAAACAUGCUCGUCGUUAUGACAAUGCACAGAGAUUUUGGCGUUCUAAGGGAUGGCAUUUCUGAAUUGACAUCUCAGCGGUGGCACGUAAAGAUGUGUUGUGUGCCCUUUGUUUUCCCUCCUACAGCAAGUUAUGGACUUACCCACUGGAAGAGUGUUCUCACUGGCAGAUCCACCAAGGGGAAAAAGGGGUCUAUUGACUCCCUGGUUUAAUUUGCGUCCCACAGAUUUGAGGUGUCUGCCCCUGCGGUUCUUGCUUUUGUUCCCUAAGAGGUGUUGGACAAAAUGCCUGAAAGAGGGAGAAUGAAUGAUAGGCGACUUCACUUAACCCCCAUGAGGACUGAGAGCUUCUUCAUCUUGCCUCAUGAGGAAAAUUUCCAGGAUCCCUUCUGGCUGUUCUAAUGAACAUUAUCAGACAGUGGGUGUCAAAGUGGCUAAAGAAAACUCAUUAGUGGAGUUAAAUUCCUUUUUCAAUGAUAUCAGUAUUUGCUGAAGGGUAACCAAGAAUAUGGUUACUGUAUUACAGAGUUUUGACCAUAAUGAGGAAACUAUUCAUUCUAUGGCUCAAAGUAAAGGAUUUAGACGAGUGAUAUAUCAGAUAUUGAAGUUGAAGUUUGAUUGUUUCAGACAGAAAGAGACCUCAAAGUGUCCUUGAUG